UGCCCUUACCACGGCUGCAGCCUGUAACCGGCUCGGCGCAGAUUCUGCUCGCUCAGAUGCCUGCCGAACGCCGGCGCUGAGCGCAGAGCUAGGGGUGGAAGUGUGGGUGAGACCCCGGGUGACCUGACAGAGCCACAGCCUGUUGGGGGAGGAAACUAGGCAAUUACACCACGGGGUUCAGGCAUUUCACGCAAAGGUGUGUUGCCUUUUAUUCCUAGUCAUUCCCCGUGUUUUUGUCACUUUCCCAAGGGCAAGGAGCUGCCCUUUCACUCUCGCUGCUCCUCCCAAUCACCACUAUCGCUUUCUAAAUGGGAGUCCCUCAGAUGUUUGUGAUUAAUUGAUUCUCCAGAGCAAGGGUCACAAUUCCUUAGGUUUCUUGUGUCCCGCACGGUAUCCUGCGAGGUGUUGGGAAUGUUGUAGCACCCGUGGGUUAUUAGUGAAAGUGACAAGUAUAUUAACCUUAUAGUUGUAUCAACAUGAUUGUGUUUGGAAAAAAACAGGGUGCUCUGGGUUCCUAAAGGAGGGCAGCUGCCUGGAACUGGGCUCUCUGAGUACCUCCAGGGGGAUGUGGUGCGUCAGGCAGACCUGAAGGGAGAGGAGGUACCAAGGUGUGAAAGGCACAAAGGGAUGGGCAGGUGUGUGGAAGCAGGGACCAGUAAUGUUUGAGCCACAUUUUGAAUCCACCGCGAGCAGUGAUGGAGGUGAGGCUGAAGUGGGCAGCAGGGCAUUGUAGGCUAGAGCUCCUUGUGACCCUGUGACAGAGGGAUCCCCAGGCAGUGGAGCAGAAGGCGGGGGUGCUUCCUGGAGGUGGUGCUGGAGCCGAGCCCUGAAGAGUGAUGAGGGUUUAUCGAAGGGACAGAGAGCUGAGCAGAUUGGCAGCAGACACCUUCAGUGCAGAGCUCCCAGGAGGAAAGAACAAGCCAAGUGCUGGAAACUGCCUGUGUCGGCCUACUCAGGCUGUGUCUUACAGAUGUGUGUUCCCUAAGCACACCCAAAUCUGCAGUUUUGAUAUCUGGAAUGGCUUUAAAGCACAGCUAGGGGCAGGAGGCCCGAGAAGUGUUUGUAGUGGACUCCAAGAGGCUCUGGGACUGGGCUGCAUGCUGUGCUGAGGAGAUCUAGGCCUAGCCAGAGGGCGUAGGCAGUGGAAGCCUUUGGCUCUGGGCCCUUAUGCCUUAGGCUACACGUGGAGAGUUAACAAAUUGAGGUAAAAUGGGCUGGCGGCAAAGUGUACCUCGGUAACAAGAUUGGAAACCACCUGUUGCCCUUCAGAAGGGGACUGCCUGAGUAAAUUUUGGCCUGUCCCUACAAUGGAAUACCGUGCAACUUCACAAAAGAACAGAGGUGCUCUCGUAUACCACGUGGGCUGAUCUGCAAGAUAUUUGGCAAGAACACCAGUGUGCAGGGCAUUGUGUGCUGCGUAGUGUGCCACAUUAGGGAAAGGACAUGACAGGAAGUGUCUUCUGUGUGGGCCAGAGGUAACCUGGGGGAAAAUUCAUGAGGAAAAAAGGGUGCGCUGAUUGCCCUGGGGGAAGAGAGCUGGUCCCCAGCAGGCACCGAGGAGAGAGGCUUGUCAAUAUAGUCCCCUCGGCAUGUUUUCAAAGUCCAUUUAUGAAAAAUAAAAUUUUAGAAUAUAAUUGAUUCACAUGAUUCAAAGCCACACAAUUCAGAAAUGUAUGGUGAGAAGCCAGCUGCCAGCCCAAUUGCACCACCCAUCCAGGUGAUUCCCAGCAGUCUCUGGCCCUGGGCUGCUCCCGUGGGUCACUUUUCAAUAUCCUGCACUCAUUGAAGGGAGACUGAGGACCUGUGGGGUUGUAUCUGCCCCUCCUUCCUACUCAGGUGAUGAGAGGUGCCCCAGCCACACAGAGUACAUGUAGAACCUCACAUCUAGCUGUGGUGCACAUUGGGUUCUCUGAAGAGGUUGUCUUUCACUGCCAGCUUCGGAGAUGCACAUUCCCUAAGCCCUGUGCGUGUGUCCCUACGGGGACUUUCAGAUGGUGCAGGGUAGUCAGCACUCCUCUUCACCAACGGUUAGGGCAGGUUGGUGUUGAGAAUUUACCAGUCACCGAGAUGACCUCAUGAUGAGUUCCUUGCCUCAUGAUUCUCAGUGCUGGCUGCAUGACAAAUUGUUACGAAAACAGAUCAAGUGGAUAAAGUGAUUUGAAACAGACUUCUGUACAAGUACGAGGAUAUCCUUUAGGACCAACAGAAAUGAAAAUUCAGUGAAUAUUUUAAAAAUGUGUCUUUGUGAAGGUGCUGGUUUUAUGUUUUUCCACCUAACUGGAAACUGCUUUUUAUAGUUCUCCACUCCAAGAGGAACACAUGAUUAAUGCAGAUUUUAUUAAAACUGCUCCAAUCAAAUUAAAGAAUAUUUGUUGACAAAAAAAUGCGCUUCUGAAGUUUGGUAUAGAAUAAGAAAUUGCUAUACUAAUAAAGGGGAUUGUAAUUGGUAAUCCAAACUAAUAGGUGGUUUACAAAGUGCUUAGGUUUAAGGCAAGCUUUCUGGGUUUACAGUCUGCAUGCACUAAUCAUAACUAUGUCAAAACUAAUUAGACCAAGGAUUGCAGUGCGUUGACUGAUCAGAAUGUGCGUUUCCCAGCAAGGACCUGAGGAAAGCUUGGGUACCUGGCUCGCUUUGCAUUUUGUUCUGCUGCUCCUAUAGCUCAGUAGAGCUAGAUUAAACACCUGGGUUGUCUUGAAUUUACUCUGUUUUUGGACUUUAGCAAUUUGUUGUGAGUUUAUCACUAACCCUGAUUUUUCGCCAUAGAGCUGAGAAGCCCUGGAUUGGUCUGGCGUGACGGAGUGCUGAGGGUGCAGCUGGAGCAGGCACCCAGCAGCGCCCGGCCUGCACAUGUGGCAGGACUCCUUUCUGCCACGUUAACUAGUCCCACUCUUUGUUGCCAUAGGUGUUUCCAAACAGGACAUUCGUGAACAGAUUUGGGACUACAUGGAAUCACAAAAUUUAGCUGAUUUUCCCCGGCCUGUUCAUCACAGGAUUCCCAACUUCAAGGGUGCUUCCCGUGCUGCUGAGCAUUUCCCACGUUUGCAGGCGUUCAAAAUGGCCAGAACCAUUAAAGUCAAUCCUGAUGCUCCCCAGACAAAUGCUCGCUUCUUCGUCCUCGACAGCAAAAAAACAUUGUUGGUCCCAACACCACGACUGAGAACGGGGUUAUUUAAUAAGAUCACACCACCUCCCGGGGCAACUAAAGACAUCUUGAGGAAAUGUGCUACCUCUCAGGGCGUGAGGAACUACAGCACUCCGGUGGGCUUGGAUUCCAGGGUUCUUGUGGACUUAGUUGUGGUGGGGUCCGUUGCUGUUUCUGAAAAAGGCUGGAGAAUUGGGAAGGGAGAAGGUUACGCUGAUCUGGAAUAUGCCAUGAUGGUGUCAAUGGGAGCAGUCAGCCAGGGGACGCCCGUGGUCACCAUCGUCCAUGACUGCCAGGUCAUCGACAUACCUGAAGCGCUGCUUGAGGACCACGACCUAACAGUGGACUACAUUCUCACUCCGACGAGAGUCAUUGCCACGGGGUGCGAGCGCCCAAAACCAACGGGAAUCUUGUGGUCCAAGAUCAGCCGAGAGGUGAUGGGGAAAAUCCCAAUACUCAGAAGCCUUCGUUACCGAGAGAGGCAGGCUGGGAAAGAUGUCUCCCUUCAGGAUGAGCCCCGGCACCUUCUGGGAACUGGCAGCCAGCAGCCACCUCCCCUGAGCACUGUCAGAAGACCCGGGGACCCACACCAGCCCGAAUGCUGUUCGGGGCAGGGGGACGAUGGGCCUUCUAACACUGUUUACAUUGGGAACCUUCCCCGGGACGCCCAAGUGAGUGAGCUGAAGAGAGCCCUCCGAGAACUGGGUGCAGUCCCUCAGAGGCUCACGUGGCAGGGGCCACAGCGCAGGGCCUUCCUCCACUACGAGGCCCCCACCUCAGCCCAGCAGGCUGUCUCCUGCUUGCAGGGCUUGCGCCUGGGUGCUACCACCUUGAAGGUGGCACUGGCCAGGCAGCAGAAGGCCGGCGAUGAGACAGGCAGCUGUGCAGACGAGCAGUACCCUGUCACUCGGCUGUCUCAGACCUGUGAGGAUGUGUGCCGCUCUGGUCCCCGUGGAACUUAAGGGGCCUGCCCUCGGGACUCGGCAGAGUGUUGCUGCAUGAGCUGCUUUGGGCACCCAGUGCUUUCCAGGAUGUCCCAGCCUUCUGUCACUGCCUGCGACCUCCUGAUGAGUAGGAAGCUGGUCAUGAGUGCACUGUCAGCACGUCCAGGCCCUGCCCUGUCUGGGUCCUUCAGCCUGCCUGCUGGGCAUUGUAGCCGUGCUGGCUUCUCUGUGGUAGUUCAAAGGCUGUGGGGAACCGAGUGGGUGAUGAGCAAGUGGCAGUAAACGGUGACAGCGGUUGGGAGCGCCUGUGCUCUGGAAUUGGGAGGUGGGGGGUUAGUGGGGAGAGGCCCUAGCAGGAAUCAGAUGCCAAGCACAGCCUGCUGUCCUUGGAUCCUUGGUCUGGUCCGACUGCAGAGGGAGAGCUAUAUUCACAUCGCAGAAGCCAAGUCCCCUGGCUGCAGACUGCUUGUCACAGCGCAGUGCUAGUGUCCGCGAUGGAGGGCCAAUCUGAUGUGUGGGUGGCACGCAUCUCACUUCUGUGCCUUCCUUGCUCUUCCAGCCUCCCCCCGUCUCUGGGUGAACACCCUGCACUCCUCGCUGUCUUGUAGGAGGUACUGGUCUUGGAGAAGGCGGUCCCAGCCUACGUCACAGACAGUGACAGAGGUGCUCACACAGAUUUGCCCAAUGCCUGAUGUUUCUUGGGUUUUUCCUCCAUUUCUCUGUACCUAAAAAACAAAACUGGAUUUUGGCUGAACUAUGCUUUCUAAACAGAAGUGCUUUUGCAGUGGAUCCUGGGCAAAAAGUCAAAGUAAGCACUUAAGUGGAGAUUCUAUUUUCUUUUUAAUGUAUGUGUGUUCAAAAUUUUAAUUUUUUCACCACAGCGUCUUACUGAGCAUGUUUUAAGCACACGGUCGUACUUCAGGAGGGUAUGCCUUGCAUGUACUUUGAAUAAAACCUUGAGGCACUA